GACAGGCUAUGACAUCAGAGGGGCGACUUUAUAAAAGUGCAUGUGCACGGACUCAGGCAGUGAGCAAACAAGUUCGAAAAUCUCAUUGCAUUACAGAGCAUGAUGGGGAACAAACUCGUGGCAUGGGCACUGCUGCUCUACCUGACCUCACAGGUUUGCUGUCAGCAGUGUGGUGGGCCAUGUCAGUGUCCAUCUGUACCAGUAUGCCCGGAGGGGGUUCCUCUGAUUCUGGAUGGGUGUAAAUGUUGCCGGGUGUGUGCCCGGCAGAAGGGUGAGGCAUGCAGUGAGCGGUUUUUGUGUGACACUCGGCGUGAUCUUCAGUGUGACUAUAGCGCCAGCUUCCCUGGUGAACCAGGAGAGUGUGUCAGUCAGGAGGACCUGGGCUGUAAGUUUAAAGGAGUGUUGUAUCAAGAAGGCCAGGUGUGGCAGCCAUCUUGUGCCCUUCAAUGUCGCUGUUCAGGCGGAGGGGUGACCUGUGUGCCCCUGUGCAGAGAAGAUAUUCUCCUACCCACCCCAAACUGCCCUCACCCGAAGAGGGUUUUGCCACCGGGCAAAUGCUGUAAAGAGUGGGUUUGUGAAAAUAUGAACAACACUGUGCUUGGGGAUGAUAUCAUAGUGUCUCCAAACCAUGGUCCACACCAAAGCAGGCCCGGCUCAAAAUGCAUAGACCGGAGCACAGAAUGGAGCUCUUGCUCGCAAACCUGUGGGCCUGGGAUAUCAACAAGAGUGUCCAAUCAAAAUCCGGCCUGCCGCCUUGAGAAGCAGACACGCUUGUGUACGGUCCGACCAUGUCAGCCCGUUCUCAACAGUACCCCACAGGGGUCAAGAAGAAAAUGCCAGCGCAGUUACCGGUCAACAAGUCAGGUGCUUUUUUUUCAUCUUGGAUGCAAAAGUGUGCAGCUUUACAGGCCCCGUUAUUGUGGCCUGUGUCCAGACAACCGCUGUUGUACUCCACACCGCCCUGGCACCACAAUGGUCACCUUCCAAUGUCCUGAAGGCAGAACAUUUGAACAAGCUGUCAUGACCAUCAACUCCUGCGUCUGCCAUAACAACUGCCCCAAUUCAUCUGUAGGAGCAUACAGCGAAAGACCCAUCAGGGGUUAGACAUCCACCACAUGUUAACAAAUCACCCUGGGUCUUUUUGACGUAGUGGCUUUAUAUUGAAUACCCUGGGCUUACAAGUCUUAACUUAUUCUUAAUCUUGAAUAUCAAUCAAAAAAGACAUUGAGCAACAGUAAGGAAAACCCCAUUUAAGAGUGCUGUGUGUACAUUUAAGCGGCAUAAAUUGUGGUGAGAUAACUACGGUUACUAUGGUAACCACCAAUGAUGGCUGUUGACUUCAUGUGAAGCACGUGUUUUGUCAAAAUAAGUGCCUGCUGCACACCGUUUAUGAUUAAAGAGACGCUCACGUUCACAAAAUACACGCAAGACACUCCCUUAACAGUGAACUCUGAUUACACAUGUGAUUAUGCGAGAAUCUGGCAAAUGCGAGCGUCUUUUUAUCAUAAACCCUUUAGAUGCAUCUGCAGCAGGCACUUAUUUUGCCAAGACACGUGAUGUACAUAGAUUCACGUCACGCGACGCACAGAACACAUAUUUUGAAAUUACGAACCACACACAUGACAGGCUACAUGCAUGUUGUGACGAACUUUGCAUCG